UACCGCGUUCGGAAUCGCAUUCGUGUGCUGGAGUCAGAGCGCGCUGCGGGGCAUCACUGCACCGCCACGGAGGACACACCAUCACAGAACCGGGAACAGGGAAAAGGAAAAAGGCGUGAAAUAGUGCAGAGGGGAAGAACGGGGCGCUCUUUUUUUGAAAUCACCGAAAUCUGUGGGAAAUUAAACAGGAGCCAGACAUUUACUAAUAAUACAUUCACGAACGCAGCGGACAUCUCAAGCGAUAUUUUUGGCCAGCACGGCGGGGAAAAAUGAAGGAUCGCACGCAGGAACUACGAAGUGCUAAGGACAGUGACGAUGAUGAGGAAGUCGUCCAUGUCGACCGGGAUCACUUUAUGGAUGAAUUUUUUGAACAGGUUGAGGAGAUCCGUGGCUGUAUUGAAAAGCUGUCAGAGGAUGUAGAACAGGUCAAGAAGCAGCACAGUGCCAUCCUAGCAGCACCCAACCCUGAUGAAAAGACCAAGCAGGAGUUGGAGGACCUCACAGCUGACAUUAAGAAGACAGCCAAUAAAGUGCGCUCUAAAUUAAAAGCAAUCGAACAAAGUAUCGAGCAAGAGGAGGGGUUGAACAGAUCAUCUGCAGAUUUGCGGAUCCGCAAGACACAGCAUUCCACGCUGUCACGCAAGUUUGUGGAGGUGAUGACGGAGUACAACACCACGCAGUCCAAAUACAGGGACCGCUGCAAGGACCGCAUUCAGAGACAACUGGAAAUUACUGGCAGAACAACUACCAAUGAGGAGCUGGAAGACAUGUUGGAGAGCGGGAAACUUGCUAUCUUCACUGAUGAUAUCAAAAUGGACUCCCAGAUGACCAAGCAGGCACUAAAUGAGAUUGAGACCCGACACACUGAGAUCAUUAAGUUGGAGAACAGCAUCCGUGAGCUGCACGACAUGUUUGUGGACAUGGCCAUGCUGGUGGAGAGUCAGGGCGAGAUGAUUGACAGAAUUGAGUAUAACGUGGAACACUCAGUGGACUAUGUAGAGAGAGCAGUUUCUGACACCAAGAAGGCUGUCAAAUACCAGAGUCAGGCACGCAAGAAGAAGAUCAUGAUCAUCAUCUGCUGUGUAAUUUUGGGAGUGGUUUUAGCAUCCACUAUCGGAGGAACCCUGGGCUUCUAAACGACAUGAAGAAAGACAAACACUUGGAAAGCUGAGUGUUUUAUCCACUUAAACACGAGAUAAGGAAACUGUCAAAAAAACGGGGGUUGGGUAGGGUUAAAAAUCGAAUAUUCAAAAAUCAACCAAUCAAAAAAUAAAUAAAUAAAAGGAGAUGUUACAUACUAGCUGAUUUAAAAUAUAUAAAAGUGGGUUCAAAUACACAUAAUAUUUACAAACUGUACAUGUAAAUGUAUUGAACAUAAAAGCAGCACAUGGGUUACUACCUGUAAAGGAAUAAAACUCAACUUUUUUUUUGUUUUUGUUUUUUUGUUUUUUUCAGUGUUGCUUUCAUUUUUGGGGGGGCCUCCAGAACAGUGCCAGCAACUGCUAAAUUGUUUUACGUUCCGGCAGAACAAGGUGUUUGGCAAACCAUACUAGCAUUACGAAUACUAACCAACUGACUGCAUAGAUGUUAUAGACAGUAGUCUACUAGUCCGAUUUCAAUGGCCUAACGUUCCGAGUGGUUGCUUGCAUUCAGAUGAAAUCUCGUUUUUUUUUUUUACCAUAUUAGCUCAUUACUGAUGGAGUGCUAUAGAUUAAAAGCACCGUCAACCUCAUAGCUGAAUUUCAGUCUUAAUAGUUUUACUGUGGGCAACUGUAAAGAAAGAAAAAAGAACUAAGAAGCACACAUCAUUGUGAAUUGUGAGAGGAAGUCAUAUCAGCAAUGCUUUCUUUUGACUUCAGUUGCUGUACUGUAGAUGGUAGGCAGUGAAGUAACAGACAUUUCAUUUUAACGUAUAGAAAGCUGAGAUCGAUAGGGCGGCAAACUGUUGAACUAUGCAGUUUAGAUAGUAAUUUCCCCCCACUUUUUGAAUUAAUUCAUGGCAACCUAUGGAAUGAUUCUGAGAAAAGAAAAUGUCAAUACUUGAAACAACACCUAACCUAAAUAUUAUCUUUUGGAGGGUGGUUAGGUCUGCUGAAACUAAUAAUCCUUAUUUUUCGGUUAAUCGCUAGUUUUGCAUUUUUUAUUUGCCUUGAUAAAUGAAUUGCAUAUAUAUUUUAUGUGAUGAUGUAAAGGAUAGGCUUGAACGGGACCAUUUUGGUUUUGAAGGAUCGAUUUGGGAGUUUGACGUUUCUCACCUUGGUGCUAGUUAAUGAAGAGAGCCUAAUAAAAUAAAAUACUAGGACAUGAUAGUUGGAUCUUAUAAAAUUUUACAUAUCUGAAACAAUGAGACGCGCUCUUGACUAAAUAUUCACGUGUAGACGCAUUCUUCAGUUCGGUUGAAGAAACUUGUGGGGCACUUAUUAUGCAGCGACUAAUUUUCACGAACUUUAUACGAAACAGCUCAAAUCCAGCUCUGAACGCCAGAGAGUCGAGAUAAUGCUAGCUUAGACUAAGACUUUUUGAUUUUGUCCAAAGAUUUUUUGUUUUUGUUUUCAUCAUUAAUUCUUUGCAUCCUUUUCUUUGCGGACAGAAAGUGCCAGCUUGGUAAAUUAUGUACUGCUCGUUUUAAAUUCAAGGGCUAAAAUUUAAAACCAAACUUUAGCUCUGUUUUUUGCUUUUGUUGAUACAGAAUCCCUCUUGGCUUGAUUCAGAUUCGUCGCACUCUUAGGACGCCCUCACCCUCAUGUUCAUGACGUUACAGAACUCUCAAAGUGCACUCCUUUUCUCAAUACGGACUUUAUUUUCCAUGUACUGCUUAUCAUAGAAUAUAUAACAGGAGCCCCCCCCACCCCGUCCCGCCACCCCUUUACCUACCUUACGCGAAGUAGUAGGGAACAGGAACGUUUUUGGGGAUAUACACUGUACACCUUUUAAGAAAGCCUGAGGCAGAGGGCCGGGACUAUUUUGCUUUAAUCAUUCCAGUAACGUCCAGCAUGUUUUCUUUCAAACUUCUGUGUAUUUAGUGUCGAAUCACUUACAUGUAUGGUAAAAUGAGGUAAAUAUGUAUGUCGGUGUUGUUUUUAGUAGACGAUAUAGCUGGAAGGCCCUUAUUUGUUAACGCAUGCAACUUUCGCUUUGUUAGUUUGCAUGGCUCUCGAUCAUGUGUGCACUUUACAAUCAAAGAAAACUGUCUUAUGCCGCCACAUUUUUCCGUUUUGUUAAUAUGUUUAUUUGAUUUUUUUUAGUUUUAUUUAUGAUUAUUUAUUAUGAAUCUCUAAGGGUUGGAAGGGGGGGUGGGAUGGGGGGGGAUUGUCUCCAUUUAAUAUUUCUCACGACCCUGACAAUGCUGGAGUUUUACCGUGGUCCCCAUGAAUGUGUUCCCUGUGGAUGUGCACAUGAGUACAAAAUCUGUUUGUUGUCAGGUAUUAUGUUCUUAAACCACGUCCAUAGUGUAAACCGACGUAUUGCCCCCCCCCCCCCCCCCCCGCCCUCCGGAAACACUCUGGGUACGAAUCAUUUUUUUUGCGCAUCUUGUUCAUUUCCCCUUCCCCUGAUGUGUUCCCAAACUUGAUUGUUGUGCUUAACUGGUGAUGAUAUGUGAAUUCUUUCGUAAGACUAUUCUUUAUUGUGAGUCGUGUGCUGCGGUGUCGAAUUGUGCAACUCAAAAGGCCAUGUAUGCGUGCCCUGUCCCUUCGGCAUUUUUCCUUUUUUACGUACACGUUGCUGUAUAAGUGAGCAUGAGCAUUUGUGUGUGUGGAUGUGUGUGUGCUCGUUUGCUGUUGGAGCCCUCGGUCGCACCGCAACGCUAACUGGCGUCGGGCGCGAGGGUCUUUCUCUGGUCUGCCGGUCUAUGGUAUGCAGCUCUAGCGCUCCAGUUUUGUGCCGACUUUAUUCAAAUGUUAAGAAAAGUAAUAAGACUAAAAAGCCAAAGCGUUAUGCGAGUACAGAGCACAAUGUUACAGUCAACUGUAUUGUGUAGUCCUCCCCACCCGUAAAUCUUGUGAACUUUCUUGCGUAUACAUUUCAAUUCCACUUCUUUCAGCGACAAGGUUCUCAAUAUAAAGGUUGAUUGAUUUAUAUUCAUUCUGAACAAUAUGUAUAAUGUAUACUACACAAGCUUGUUCCUUUUAAAGCACUUUCUCCAAAAACAGCUACGUACAAAACAAAUAUGUUGUGUGUACUGUAUGUUGUUUUUUUUAUUUCUCCCCUCAAUGAUGCUGUUUAUGUUGCCAUUUACCCCUUGUUCAGCUCACUUGCAUUGCUUCCUCUGUGCUGGCAAUACAUUAGACGUAGACAUUAGAUCAGCUCUGGUUAAAAAAAAAAAUGAAAUAAAAAAAAAAAACUGUAUACUAACAUGGGCACAGAUCUGGAUGAAAGUUUUCUCAGUUGUCUUAUUUUCAUUUUUCAACGCUGUUUUUGGAUGUUCGUCACACAGACACUGAUAUGACCAGACAGCACUGGCAUAACACAGCACAUUGAGAAGGCAUUUUGUAAAUGGGUGAAAAUUACAAACUACUUAUAUAUAUAUAUAUAUAUAUACUAUAUAUAUAUAAAAAAAAUAAAAUAAUGAUGUACCUUUUAGAGUUUAACUGCAUAAUAGUAUUUUUUGGUUGGGGUUGUUGAGUGCCUCAUCACUGCAGGAAGAAAAAACCCUCACGCCCAAUCUGCAUGGCGAGCGAGCGGUGACGCAACAAAGCUAGAACGCUCCCGCCAUGAUCAACGAAGCCGUCUCAGCUACGUAGACUGCUUUGUGUAUUGUAAUGCUCGCUGCUUAGUUUCCACAUGUGCUUUAGCCGUCUAUGAGAUGCAAAGCACCUGACUGACAGCUCUCAAAGACUUUGACGUUAACGGAUAUGACUUCUCGGUCCACGGCUAUUGAGUACCCAAGACCUGCGAUUGUGAUUUUUUCUCAACAGCCCCAGCCAUGAUCCUCCUUAAUUUCAUCCUCUUUUGUGUCAUUCCUUUGAUGUAUAUUCCCAUUAAACUUUAUACAAGUAUUCUUGUUUCAGUGUUAGAUUUAGAACGAGGAAACAGUUUGUGGAGAUGGUGCUCAAACUGUGAUUUCAGCGAAAUGAUCAUCAAUUACAGAGGACGGCCUGUAAUGAUGUGAUGAAAAACACUAUUCUAAUUAGAACGGGAAGAUGACUGGAUAAGGAUGACAUAAUUGAAUUAUACCAUUAUCAAAUGUGAUGAAUUAUAUAACUACAAUGAUUUAAAAAUCCCGAGAAGUUGUGUUAUAUUAGUAGUAAUAUUGAAUGCUCGCGAUUUUGUCAAUCUGAACUGAAUCUUUGUCUUGUAAUUAUUGUAAAUAUUUCAAAGAGAGAAAAAAUGAUUUGCAUGUCCAUGUAUAAAACUACUAAAAUAGUUCCUGUCAAAGUUGUGAGGUUGAUUGAUUUUCUUGUUCUUUGCCCUGGUCGCAGUGCUUUGCUACUGACUGCUCGCUUGUCGAAAACCAGUGAUGUCUAUAACGAAGAAAAGUCGAGCACCGCUUUAACAAAAGAAUCAGUACAAUAUGUUGUUGUGUUACCUCAGAGAGCCGUAAGCGGGUUCAGCUCUGGGGGAAAAAAAAAAGUGCUUCCCUCCAUCUACACAGGUCAAAUGCACACCAUCUGUAGCUUCCAUGCAACUUGACUGCUUUUCUUGCAGAGGUCCACCAUAUUGGCAAUGUCCAAUUUUUAACAAAUAGUGACAUUUUCAUGGUAUAUGUUUGGACGCUUUCACAACCAGUGUCGGUUAGAAAACCUUGCAUGCAUAAACUGUAGCAUGGCUGAAGUUCAAAAGCUAAACGUAACACGGGAUAGGCUCCGGUCUUGAACAAAAGAAGUCAAUGUAAAUGGAAGUUUAAAAGUGCAGUUAGAAACAAUAAUGCUUGAAACAAACAGAAACACACUCAUCUGUGCAAUACAAAGAAAAGGGCUUUCUCACACUCACAUUUGAAAGCACGAAAGAACCCCGACUUCAAUAUUAUUACGGGAGUUGAGGGAAACAACAGCCACUAACCGUGGUCCCAGCCAUCGUUUUAUGUGUCGCCGACUGUCUUCUCACCCCACUAGGAUCUAAGUUGAACGUGAAUUCAGGGCAGAAACCACAAUGAGAUGGGCACCAAGGAUGGGAAGGAAGAAAUGAAAUCGAUUUCUGCAACUUUGACUGGAAUUGCAACUUCUGUCUUUUAUUUUCUGUGUGUGUAUGUGUGUACUGUAUUGUAAAAAAAGGAAAAAGAUACAAACAAACAACCUAACUGUCCCUCUCUCCCCCCCUCUCUCUUGUAAUACUGUUUGCUGUUCUGUUUGGUUAGUGUGGCGUACCAGUAUUCCUCUCCUCCCCUAAACCCUUUGCUAUCUUCCUCCCUUCUCUCAGAAUCUCUCUCUCUCUCCCUCUUUUCUCCAUGGAUCUUUAAGAUGAGAACUCUAUGCAGAUGCUGUCUUUUAUAAGUGUGUCAAAAUUUUAAGUUGAAAUGAAAAA